UCAAUAUCUGCUUUGAGGGUCAGAUUUUACUGAAAAACAGCUGGCUCUAAGUGAAGAGAGAAAAAAAAUCUGGAUGUGCACAGGAACCCAGUGGCAGCUCCAUGUGAGUACAGCUGUUCUCACUGUGAAUGAUCAGAUGUUCAGAAUGAGGCCUGUUCUGGUAAAACUGCUGAAUUAAUGGAAGCAACAACAGCAACAAGAGUUGGACCGAUACCAACUGAAGAUGUGGUCUGUGAUUCCUGCACAGGCCUGAAGCUCAAAGCCCUGAAGUCCUGUCUGGUGUGUCGGGUGUCCUACUGUGAGCUCCACCUGCAGCCUCAUUAUGUCUCCCCGGCUUUUGAAAAGCACAGACUAGUGGAACCUUUAAGAAACCUGCAGGAGAAGUUUUGUCUUCGCCAUGAUGAGGUGAUGAAGAUUUUCUGCCGCACUGAUCAGCAGGCCAUCUGUAUUUUUUGUCACAUGGACGAACACAAAGAUCAUGACACAGUAUGUGCAGCGACAGACAGGAAGGAGAGGCAGAUUGAAUGUCGGACAAAAGUCCAACAAAGAAUCCAGAAGAUUGAGAGAGAUGUAAAGGUGCUGCAGGCGGAGAUGGAUGCUAUAAAUCGCUCUGCAGAUGAAGCAGUUAAGGACUCCGAGAGGAUCUUCACUGAAUUAGUUCAUGUCAUCCAGCAGAGGAGCUCCGCUUUAAAGGAACAGAUCAGAUCCCAACAGAAAGUGGAGGUAAACCUUGUCAGAGAACAUCAGGUGAAGCUGGAGGAGAAGAUCACUGAACUACAAGAAAAGAAUGACGAACUGGAGCAGAUCUUACACACUGAUGACCACAUCCAGUUUUUACAAAGUUAUUCUGUGCUGACCAAUCUGAGUGAAUCAGUAGAGUCCCUAAGCAUCAAUAAUCUAUCUCUGGCGUAUUUCAAAGAGGUGACACACGCUGUGGCAGAAACCUGCAAAAAGGUCCAAGACGUUCUCACUGAGACAUGGCCAGAAAUCUUAUCAAAAGUGGUCAAAGUGGAGGCUUUACUGCCACAUCCGGAACCAAAGAGCAGAGAGGAAUUUUUAAGAUAUUCCUGUCGGCUCACGCUGGAUCCCAACACGGUGAACCCAUGGCUGGGGCUGUCUGAAGAUGGCAGGAAAGCAACAGUGAUGAAAGAGAAGCAGAAUUAUCCUGAUCACCCUGACAGAUUCACUGACUGGCUUCAGGCUCUGAGCAAAGAGAGCCUGACUGGGCGCUGCUACUGGGAGGUGGAAAGGGGCACGGGGGGGAUUUCAGUGGCUGUUGCGUACGAGGAUAUCAGCAGAACGGGGAAUGAAAGUGGGUUUGGAAACAACAACAAAUCCUGGACAUUUGGAUGUUUUGACGUUACUUAUUAUUUUAGGCAUAAUUUUGAAAAACUUUUACUCUCAGGUCCAAAGUCCUCUAAAAUAGGAGUUUUUCUGGAUCAAAGGGCAGGAAUUCUGUCAUUUUAUAGCAUCUCUGAUAAGAUGACACUUCUUCACAAAGUCAAGACCACUUUUACCCGGCCGCUGCGUGCAGGAAUUUGGGUUUAUUGGGUCGGAGACACAGCAGAGUUCCUUACACUAAAACAGACACAUGUACUUUAA